AUGGAUAUUAGCGGUGAAACAGCAAUUGAAGCAAAAAAGAUCAACGAUGAAGAGAAACGCUUCAAUUUAUACCAAUACAAACACAAUGCAAAUAUCAAGCUACAUAUGGAAGCGGCCAAUAUUAUGGCAGAAUGCAAUUCUGAUUUGCUGCAUAAUUAUAACAAUUAUACGCUUUCAUGCAACACAUUCUUCACACAACCCAGAUAUAAACUUAAGUCAUGUCUGAUGCCACAAGUUACAAAGCAAAGUCACUGUAUCAUCCCGCUGAACAAGGCAAUAAAACAGUUCCAAAACAAUUCAACAACUUGUUUAAGCGGGUUUGAAGCCAAAAACAAAUUUUAUCGCGUUAUCAAUUGUAUUAGUGUAUCGUUUCAAAGAAUCAGUCCAUAUGAUACAGCUCAUAACAAGAGCGCUGAUACGGAUGAACGCAAAUACUAUGACUUUUGUCAAAUACCCCCGGCGGGUGGUUUGUCAUAUGAUGUUGGACGUUUGGGCGAAGCUUGGAAUUAUGGUUCUAAUUCACAUUGUCGUGUAGAUUCAGGAAUUAGAAAAGAAAAGUUGAGACAUCUUUUCCCAAUUCCUAAGCAUGGUAUACUCUUGUAAAUAGGAGCAGUCUUACUAUAAAUAAAAUUUACCCGCCUUAAAUUGUACAUGAACGACCCAUUUUAAUAGCAUAUAGUUGAUUUCCACACACUGCCACUUUCAAGGGUCACUGUCCUUAUUGAAAUUUUAUAGCUGCAGUUGUUCCAAGCCAAAAAAAAAAAAAAAAAAAAAAAAAAAAUAGAAGGCGUGAGCAUUUCGGUUGCAUUAGACGGUCAAGGCGACUACUUUUCCCGCCAUAAUGAAUCAUAAAAGAGAAUUAACUAACCAAUGAUUACGAUCAACGAUUGCUGAAAUGUUAAGAAGUCGGCUUUAGUACGAAAAACGAGAUUAUCUAAAGCUAUUUUUCUAAGGAUAAAGGAUAAAGCGAACGGGAAGUAAAACCAGAAGGAAAGAAAACUCCCUAUUUCAAUG